UUUCCCUUUCAUCACUUGCCUCGCUGCAAAGCACUCUGAACCCUCGCUCUUGCCGGGUUCACCUUUCUACGCCGAAACCAUGCAUUGAACAGUCUUCUCGCUGGGCACGCGAAGACUUACCUUGCAGCCCGCUUACAAGACCGAAAUCACACCCCGUGUGCACUUUCACAGACAGGCCUCAGCACGUCACCAAGCAUGGAGUCGUCUCGCGUGUUCGUUCGGGGCUUGCCCCCGACCCUCGACGAGGCAGGCUUCCGCAAGCAUUUCCAGUUCUCGAGCGGUACCAUCACCGAUGUCAAGCUCAUGUCCUCGCGACGCAUCGGCUAUGUCGGCUACAAGACUCCCGAGGAGGCCAGGCGGGCCGUGAAGCACUUCAAUCGUUCUUUUAUUAGAAUGUCCAAGAUUGCGGUCGAGCUUGCUAAGCCAAUUGCCGACCCAUCGCUCGCCAGCAUGCGCGGACCCCGGAGUUCAACGGUACCAUCGUCGAGGUCGACUGUGCCAUCUGCACAAAUGAGCCGCGAUGCGAAGGCCGAGGCUGACUCCGCCGAGAAUAACAAGAAGAGGAAGCGCGAGGCUGUGGACGAGUCUGAUCCCAAGCUUAAAGAAUUCCUCAAUGUCAUGCAAGCGUCCGGGCGCUCCAUCCAUGACAUCGUUCCCGAGACACUCGACGAGAGGCCGGCUAAGGUCAAGGCGGUCACUGUCCCGGAAAAUGAUUCAGAUGACGAGUACGAGAACGUCCCAACCAAAUUUAAGCCGGUCGCUUCCCGCGCUCGUGCGGAAGCAGGAGCCACACCACUUGCUGCAAAGCCACCAGCUGAGGAGUCCAAAGCCCACGCGGAGGCAGACGAGGCAGCCGGUCCAGCGGCUGCCGAAGAUGUUGACGCGGAGAUGCCUGAGGCGCCUGAAAAGGCACCUGCGGCGGCUGCCACAGAUGACGACUGGCUGCGAUCCAGGACAAAUCGCCUUCUGGAUCUCGUCGACGAGGACGAUGAAAUUCCCCUCAGACCAACGGAGCCUGCACAAAGCGCUAUGCCUAAAGUGUCGGCUGCACAGUCAUUGGAUGCAGCUGAGGCAGAUGCCACAGAAGCUCCUGACGCCACCAAUGAGGUUUCGCCCAGUGAAGAAAUGGGUACGGAGGACAUUGCCCCCGUCUCCAAGGACGACGCCAUGGAAACAGUCCACAAGACAGCGCGUCUGUUCAUACGGAAUUUGCCAUACACGGCUACCCCGGAAGAUCUGCGCACCCACUUCGAGCAAUGGGGCACGAUUGAAGAGGUUCACAUGCCAAUGGACAAGACUGGCAGCAACAACCGGGGUUUCGCCUUUGUUUUGUUUGUUGAUGCAGACGCCGCUGUCAACGCAUUCCAGAAUGCCGCCGCAUUCUUUCAAGGACGCUUGCUUCACGUGCUACCUUCGUCCGCGAAGCGGGACCACAAUCUUGACGAGUACGAGCUGUCCAAACUUCCGCUCAAGCAGCAGAACCUCAUCAAGAAGAAGGCAAAGGCUGCGACUGACAGAUUCAACUGGAACUCACUGUUCAUGAAUCAAGAUGCCGUUGUCGCCUCCGUGAGUGCGAGGUUGGGCAUCACCAAGUCGGAACUGUUGGACCCUCAUUCUAGUGAUGCCGCUGUGAAGCAAGCGAUUGCAGAGACCUCCACCAUCCAGGACACCAAGGCUUAUUUCUCUGCCAACGGUGUAGAUCUCAAUGCUUUCAAGUCCGGUGCGCGUGGCGACACGUCGAUCCUGGUCAAGAACUUUCCCUAUGGUACAUCUGUCUCAGAGCUUAGGACACUGUUUGAAGAGCACGGCCAGGUUCUGAAGGUUCUUAUGCCUCCUGCGGGCACAAUCGCCAUUGUGCAUUUCGCUCAGGCACCCCAAGCCAAGUCAGCCUUCAGCAAGUUGGCAUACAGGCGGUUCAAAAACUCCAUCCUGUUUCUUGAGAAGGGACCAAAGAACUUGUUCGUGGGCGAAGGCGAAGAAGGCUCCCAGGAACCGGCACCUGCUCCUGCAAGUGCUAGUGAUGCUCCUGGCUCGGCAGGGGGCUCCAAGCUCUCUGUCUCAGAACUCCUGGGCAGAGAAACGGACGAGGUCAAGGCUGAGACAGGCACUUUGUUUGUGAAGAAUCUGUCUUUCCAGACCACCACAGAGCAGCUUGCUGCCUCGUGCCGGCACCUUGAAGGCUUCAAAUCAGCAAGGGUGAAGACAAAGACGGAUCCUAAGAAGCCCGGCCAGAUCCUCAGCAUGGGCUUUGGCUUUGUCGAGUUUAGCAGAAAGGAUCUAGCCGAGGCUGCGUUGGCUGUACUCAAUGGCCAUGUGCUGCAGGGCCACAAGCUCGAAGUAAAAGCCUCGCAUCGGGGCCACGAUGCGGCCGAGGAGCGCCGACAGGAAGACCAGGCCCGGAAGGCUGCGGGGCAUCGAACCAAGAUUGUCAUCAAGAAUCUGCCGUUUGAGGCGAACAAGAAGGAUAUCCGGACCCUGUUUGGCACCUACGGACAGCUGCGGAGCGUGCGGAUCCCCAAGAAGUUCAACCACGCAUCGACCCGGGGCUUUGCGUUUGCCGAAUUUACCACACCGCGGGAAGCGGAGAAUGCAUUCAACUCGUUGCAAGACACGCAUUUGCUUGGGCGCAAGCUUGUGCUCCAGUUUGCUGAGGCGGAGGCAGUCGACGCCGAGGAGGAGAUCGCCAAGAUGCAAAAGAAGGUCGGCCGCCAAGCCAACAAGGUGGCACUUCAGCAGCUCACUGGAGGGGGCCGAAAGAAGGUCACGAUCGGGGGCGAUGGCGACGAGGACGAGGGGGACAUGUGAAGACCAGGAUACCCAAAUACAAGCACGAGAGCUCUUCUCUGCUCUGAUUCCCCUAACACACACCAUGACAUGG